CUAGCUGGCAGCUCAGCUCGUCGGAGCUCGGGACUCACUCCUUGCUCUGGUGUCUCUCAUGGCUGGCACCAGCGUCCUCGUCGUCCUCCCGCCAUCACUCUUGUGCCUCGCGUCCGUCGGUGGAGCUCGGGCUUUGCGCUCUGCCCCCUCCACACUCGCGGCUCUCUCCCCGGUGUCCUUGCUGAGGCAAGCUAACAGUAGGACCUUUCUCCUUUGUCCUAUGUGCAAGAAGACUAAUUGGAGCAUUCCAGUUCCUCUCAGGUGAUCAUGCAUGAAGAAUUCCUCAGAAGCUGACAUUCUGGCUGUGGUGGAAUCUGCCAAGAGAGCUGCCAGCAAUUUGAUGCGUACUGGCCGUGUCUGGGAAUACUCUCUCCUCAGCAGGAUCAUGAAGAGCCCUGACCCUAUUGGCAGGAUGAUCGAGGAGCUGCAGAGCAGAGGAAAUGCUGUGGUUGGCAUCCCAACUAAAGAACCAGCUCCUGCUGUUCCAGCUGUUCCAGAUACUAAAUAUGUGCAUAUAUCUGGGGGUUACACAUUGAGAAACUGGGUACUUCAACCAUGGGGUCGCUCCUCCCGGAUUCUCAAUCCAACUUGACAUUUUGACCUAAAAUCUAUCAGCAUGUGAGUAUGGUACAGGAUUCAUAAAGAUUUAACAGGGGUUGCCAUUCUAACCAAUUUAGGCUGAACAAAUUCUGAACCUGGCAAAGACUGGCUAAUUUGACCUAAAAUCUCUCAGCCUGUGAGUAUUCUUACAUAUUUGGAAAAUAUUCAUCACAAGCUUUCCAAAGUUACUAAAUAUGUGUAUAUAUCUGGGUGUUACACAUUGAGAAGCUGGGAACACCCAUCCUGGGGUUGCUCCUCCCUCUUGUCACCUCAUUGGCCCCACUGGACCACAGCCAUCAUCCAACCAGGUGAUAGCCCAGUCAAGUGGGGGGCGUGUACUUUUUGUUUACAGUAGCAUAUAAGCAGCUGGUUUGAGCUUCCCAAACCACCUCUGAUCCUUGUCUUGCCAAGAUCAGCGACCUACUUGACCUUCUUGACCUUCUCUGCUCCAGUGACCAGCAAUCUUCUCGACUGAGAUGGCUUCUUCUGCUGCUUCUUCUUCUGCUGCUGCUUCUGCUGAGCAACCUCGCAGUAGGAACUUUCUCCUGUGUCCUAUUUGCAAGAAGACUCAUUGGAGCCUUCCAGUUCACCUCAGACGAUCCUGCAUGAGGACCUCGUCAGAAGCUGACAUUCUGGCUGUGGUGGAAUCUGCCAAGAGAGCUGUCAGCAAUCUGUUGCGCACUGGUCGUGUCUGGGAGUACUCUCUCCUCAGCAGGAUCAUGCAGAGCCCUGAUACUAUUGGCAGGAUGAUCGAGGAGCUGGAGAGCAGAGGAAACGCUGUGGUUGGCAUCCCAACUGAAGCCCCGACUGCUGCUGUUCCAGCUGUUCCUGAUGUUCCUGUCGAGGCUCCGGCUGAGUCCAGCUCAGAAAGCUCUGGGGAACUCUAUCAGUGCCCUGAUACAACCAAGCAGGGAACUUCCCUUAGGGAGAGGAUGGCAAGUUUGGGCUACUACAAGAAGCACUCGCUAGACCAUGAUCUCCUUGUCAGCUUCGCAAAGUUUCUACAGUUUGACAUGUCGAACGAAAACUUCAAACAGGAGGUGGAGAAUGUUGCAAGGUUCCUGUACUUCAUGGACCCUCAGCAGGCCAGUCUCCUGUUUGUGCGACAGCAUGAGAAGUCCCGAGAGUAUUUCCUCAAGCUCUCAGAGGCCGGACUCAGCAAGCAGACGGUACAGAAUUACAUCAAGAGUGUUAAAAGGUUCUUGAAGUUCCACACGGGCAGCACUGACCUGUGCUUCACGGACAGAGUUCUGCACGAGGACUGCAAGAACUACAUCUCAUUCCUGGACAACAUCCAGAUGGCAACUUCAAAACAAGUCAGCAAGGAGACGACCAGGAAGAGAUUCGACACCUUCCAGGAGGGUGUUCUCUCUUCAACGCAGGUCACUGCCGUGCUGGCCGCUGCCAAGAAAGACUUCCUGGCUGUCAUUGGGAAGCUGCAUGCGGGAGAGUGCUCUCCAGGCCAUCAGCUGACCCUGACAGAGUUGCAGCUGGUCCUCUAUUACCUAGAGGCCAUUGUGAUUCUGGACCAUGCCCAGCGGCCUGGAGUUGUUGAGCACAUGACUGUCACGGAAUGGAUCAGCCGAAGGAGAGAUGACACUCGUCCUGGUUUCGUUGUGGUUUCCACUCAGGUGGCCACCUUUGUUCUUACCCAGGAGCAGGAGAUGUGGUUCGAUCUCUACUUCUCGGAGGUGCGCCCAGUCAUGCUGGGAAAAAAGAGGAAGCGCGUUGAGGAUGACGAUGAGACUGAUGAGAGGUUCUUCAUUUCCUCCACUGGCAAAGCCAUCUACAACGCCUCCAAUGACCUGGAGCGGCUGCACAAGAAAUAUCAGGUGCCGAAGGUGACCAGCCAGAUGGCCAGACGGGCAUAUGAGACAGCAACGAAGGAGCUGUCCGAUGUCCAAAAGACGAAGGUGGCCGGCUACCUCACCCACUCUACGGCCACAGCAGAGAAGCACUACCGGAUGAAGGAGAUAGGCUCAGCGGUAGAUGCUUUCCUGAUCCUGAGGAAUCUCCGGGGUGAUUCAGAUAGUGACCAGAGCGACACACCCAGGGGUUCCUCGGCAUACCUGACCGACCAAGCUGCUUAUGACAAGUUGCUCCGGUCAUAUCCAGUGACGUUGGACGGGGUGCCACCCAACCGCUCUCAGCGAAAAUCCCUGGCAGGGGAGUAUGAACGCUACUGCUAUGACCGCUGGCGUAGCGAACAGCUCGAGCGUCGGGUGCAGCAUGUUCUUGAGCACUUUGCCCGUAGACUGCCCUCUGAGUCCAGAGUCAAGGCCUGGAUUGAGAAGCAAGGGUGGUCUGCAAACCUUCCAGAUGCUGCAUCCAUCGUUCAGCAGUGGAAGCCAUCUGGGGGCAUCGAUGUUGCAAUGGACAGUGUUGUGCUGCAGAAGUUUACAAAAUGUAAAAUAGCUGUAAAAUGACUGUAUUUGCAUUGUACUCAUCCCAACUUCUGGUUCCUGUCACCACCACUGUGUCUGGGGGCUAAGGACACACUAACAUGGUGAUGUGACAGACAUAUAUCUUGGGCUGGUUUAAGCUUCUGAAGGGCGGGUUUUAGACUGACUUUGGGCUGGAUAUUUUUCUAGGACCUGGCAACCCUGCUGAGCGGAGCUGCGUUGUUCAGAGGCUUCACGAAGCUGGGAACGUUGUCGAAUUCAUACCAGAAUAAAUGAAAGGCAACACAGCAGCUAUUCUCCCUUUGGCUGCCCCCAAAUCAUGUGACCUCAUAGAAAUGAGGGUUUAAAGAUAAAGAUUUGACCUAUAAAAUCUACUGCAGCUGGAGGUUCGGGCUUCCCUGUGUUGAAGCGCUACUACUGGGCUGCUGAUGCUAGAAUUCUUACCUGCUGGCAGAGUUUGCUGAAUGCAUCCUGAGAGAUGAGGCUGUUUCCUUUAACUCAAGUGUGUGGAGGACAUAAGAAGGGAAAUAGCCGCUUUGCCCCUUCAGAUAACUGAUUUCUACAUGUUCCUGUUAAUUGAAUUCCUGGGCACCAAAACAGUGGCACUGGUGCCCAAAAGCUGGGGAAAGCAUGAUGUCAGAAUUCUUAAAUCAUGCAAUAAGCUAUUCCAAGUAAGUAUUUUUCGUUAAAACUGAGGCUGGCUUUACACUUGGAAAGUUUCACACAACUAGAUGUAGGUCGCAAGUUGCAUUAAGCAUAAUUUCUAUGCAACUUGACAGUUACUCACUCAGUCAGUCACUCAUCAUCUAAGCUGCUUAUUCUUCAGGGUUGUGGUGAAGUUGGCAGUUACACAAACCCAAAUAAAAUACACCAGUACACUGAAGUAUUUUACUAGUUGCCAAGAUUAGUAGCUACUUAGUUUUCUCGCUAAUUAAAAUUCCAUGCAACAUGUUGCUUACCUUUGUAUCUUCAGUUGUAUUGCCUUGCAUCAUUUUUUUUUUCCAAGUAUCACUGUUAUAUUUAAAGUAUGAGAGCAGUCCUUAUAUGUUGCAUAUUCUAGAUUAUACCAGCCAAAACGAUUGUGAUAACCGCAAGCUAUUGCUGUGGCUGAGUUUCAGAAUGGUUUUAAGUGAGUUGUGUGAGGCUUUACAUUUAUUUACAACACAAGAGGGGGAGUGUGUGUGAUGGCAAAAAACAUCACAGCUGCUGGUCAUGGGCUGCACAAGCUGAAGACGAAAGAACAGUUUUGCAUUCUCAUAGAAAUGGAAACAAAAUUUAUAAAGUCAAGUAAAAUCUAUUUACUAGUCAAAAAACUUAAACAACAAAAACAUACAUGUUGUUUACAGUAAAUAUGCUACAAGAAAGUUUCAAAUAUAAAGUAUUCAACUAAGCUGUAUAAUUUUGUAUCAUGUUUUGUCCACCAACCAGAGAGAAAAAAUAGGAUCUUUUUAAAUUGUCAUCUUUAUCCUUGUACAGCACUGUGUAAAAGCACCUAACCAGUUUGUUUAAACAUUUAUCUGGGCAUUAAGUGAGUGUUUGCCAGUAAACACCAGAUAACGUUAGAAUAAAAUUAAACAAUAAAAAAUUGUAUUAAGACGUUACAAGAAAAAAAUCUUGUGAGCUACUUCAAAUAACUCAGGUUUUGUUUCUUCUGCUCUCCAGCCAUUGCAUAGAUUUGUUUCAGUUCCAUCAACAUUACUUGCAUUAAUUUAAUGGAUUCUAUCGUGUCUCUAUCCUAUUUAUCAGUUGUUUUGCAAUUCUCUAUUGUUCUGCAAUUCUUUGUCCUAUCUAUUGUUCCGCAGUUGUGUACAUAUCUAUCUCUAUCUAUCUGUUGUUCUGCCGUUCUCUAUCUAUCUGUUUGUAGCAAGGCAUGUGUUACCCCAGGCUCAAGGAGGACGCUGGAGGCAGGAUUCCUGGUAGUAGCAGCCAUUUCUUUAUUUCCACACAAAAUAAACAACGGAAACACAACCAACACUAAGCUGGCCACUUUUCAGUGGCUCAAGCUGGCUAGACUUUUGAGUCUAUUCCUUGAGCUUUUCAGCUCUCCACACUGUCUCCUACUGCUGCUUGUCUCUCGCUCUGUUCCCUCUCAGCUCUUUUUAAAGGUGCUCACCAGAGCCGAGAGGGAACGAGUACCUAGCUAGCUGGCAGCUCAGCUCGGCGGAGCUCAGGACUCACUCCUUGCUCUGGUGUCUCUCAUGGCUGGCACCAGCGUCCUCGUCGUCCUCCCGCCAUCACUCUUGCGCCUCGCGUCCGUCGGUGGAGCUCGGGCUUUGCGCUCUGCCCCCUCCACACUCGCGGCUCUCUCCCCGGUGUCCUUGCUGAGGUUCGUCGCCGCUGAGCGUUUGGGCCCCGCCUUCCUCUCGGCCGUCGUCGCCGGGGCCUGCCGCACUAUUGUUCUGCGAUUUUCUGUCUGUCUGUCUGUCUGUCUAUCCUACAGCCAGCCAAAACGAUUGUGAUAACCGCAAGCUAUUGCUGUGGCUGAGCUUCAGAAUGGUUUUA